AUGCAUUUCCCACCCGUGCAUCCCGCCCCGGGCAGCGUGGGCGUGAGGCGGCAGCCUUGUCAUCUCCAGCGCGGGCGUCGCGGCGCGGAUGCCCGCCACUUUCACUGGCGCGGCGGCGGAAGCGGCGGCGAAGACGGACGCCGCAGUCUUGACGCGGGACUCGCGGUCGCCGCGCUCCUCUCAGUGUUGUCCGUGGCCGCUCCCGGAGACGAGUGCGCUUGGUGUUGUCGCUGCGCCUCGACGCCGAUCGGAGCCUCAGACUACGCGCAACGGGCGUGCGUGAUCGCAUCUGUUCGUGUCGCUGACGCAGUGGUUAUUGCUCUCACAGUCGCAGGCGAAGCAGGACAGAUGUUCCGCUUCGCGUGGGCCUUCCUGGCUUCGCUCGGACUCGCCGCCGGCCAGGGCCAGUUCUCGCUUCUGAGUUCGCUGCAGCCUCCGCCCGAGCCGCGCGCCCUCCUCCGUCCGCCUCCUCCGCCCCCGCCUUCUACUUCCGCCGUAGCUUCUCGCCGCCCACCGUUAUUGAGCCACGCAGGGCUGACGGGCCUGGCGCCUCCGCCCCCUCCUCCGCGGUUCACUGCCUCGCCCCCUGACGUGUCAAAUCCCUUCACAGCCUUGUUGGACGCCACGCCCCUGCCGGCGCUGUCCGCGCCCACCACGAUCCGCUUCACCAUCGAUGACGUCCCGAGCUCGUUCGAGCCGUCGCUCUUUCCGCCAAGGGAUUCUCUUCAGGAGGACCUCAGCCAGGAUGGAAGUCUCGUGUCCUUCGAGGCGUCGAGUUUCUCUCUGGAGACCGAGGACGAGGCGCCGCUCACCCCCUCCCCCGCCAGAGCCGAGCCUCUGGGGCAGCUCUUCUUCCUUACUUCGAAGGAGGCGCGGGGACCGAAGGCACAGCCUGGCGUCGGCGGGAGAGCCCUCGGGAGCACCAAGGAACCGCUGUCGCCUCUCGCGCCUUAUCUGGGCGCCGCCGAUGCCGACUUCAAACCCUCUUUGUAUUUUCCUUUUCUGCUCGACUCGACGGAAGAACCUCAAAACGAAUUCACGCUCAUUGAGGAAAGGAACCCGAGAAUCAGCUCCUUCCUAAGGCCGCAGCCGCCCCAAUUCUACGAGUCUUCUUCGGACGCCUUUAUCCUCAAGCCGGUCAAGGUCGUUUCCCCAGAGGUCGCGGGGGAGAGCGAGGAGGGGGCCGAGCGGCCGGCUGGCCAAGGCAAGACCAAGACGCCCGUGCCCGUAAUGGUCGACAUGGACGGGGAUAAAGACGCCUCGCGGGCGGCUCCUAAGGCCACCAAGCCGCCCCCGACGAGGAAGACCCUGCACUUCGACGAGGAGUUCCUCUCUCUCCUCAGAAACGCCGCGGCCGACAAGGGCACCAGGCCGGAGACGUCCUCUCAGGCGAGUCCCUUCUGGCUGGGCCUGGCGAGCGAGAAGGGCGGCGGCGCAUGGCGACUGAAGGGCACAGAGGCAGCCUCCCCCCCGACCCGGCCGAGGGCUGUAACCCCCAGCAACAGCGUAGAGGGGGGGUUCUUCACGAAGUCAAUCAAGAGUCUCACGUCGAGCGUAUCCAGCUCUUUCAACAUCUCCAGCAUCUCCCUCGCGACCAACGCGACGGCUGAGGACAGUCUCGCCUUGCCCACCGAAGCGCUCCUAGAAUCUGAAGGACCAAAGAUCGUGUCGGUCGGGGAGGUUGGCGAGGUGCCCCAUGACCUCGAGGGCGCCCACACCCACACCGCGCCCGCGACGCUCUCGGCCUCGCUGAAGCACGGCGUGCAGGCCCUCAACGUCAGCGCUCGGACGUCCGGCUGCCCGAAGCUCUACGGGAAAGUCGAGCUCACGUGCGAGAUCCACCACGACGCCAGCGCCGACGCCUCCAUGAAAAUGAUGUGGAAGAAGAAGUCGUUCCUGAAGGGUCGUCCCGAGGAGCAGAUCGUCGCCGAGGACUCCACCUUGAUGCUAGAGGAUUCCCGCCUCUCCCUGAAGCGCCUGAAGGACUCCUACUCCCUGGUUAUUAAGGAUUUCAGACCGAAGGAUUGCGGGACUUACGAGUGCGAGGUGCGGGCUGCGGACACCGUCGCCGCCUCCCAGUUGCUCCUCUUCACCUGUCUCUGAUUCGUCGUCUCCAUCUCACUCCUUCCAUGUUAUCUUUAGCCUCAGUUCUAAUCAUUUCUGCGCCUUCUACCUCUGCAUCUUAUUUGCAUGAUCGUAUCUUUCAUCUUUCUUCUCCAUCUCAUUUCUCUUACCUAAUCUCUUAUCUCAAUACUCCAUAUUAUUCGUAUAACCCAAUCUUUUAUCUCUCCAUCUAAUUUCUGUAACCUAAUCUUUUAUCUCGUCUCCAUCUUAUUCGUAUAACCUAAUCUUUUUAUCUUAACUCUCUCCUUAUUUUUGUACCUUAAUCAUAUAUCUGAAAUCGCCGUCUUAUUGCUGUUACCCAAUCUAUCUCAACUCUCCAUUUUAUUCGUAUAACCUAAUCUUUAUAUCUUAACUCUCCUUAUUUCUGUAACCUAUUUUUUUUUUUAAAUCUCAACUCUCCAUCUUCUUGCUGUUACCUAGUCUUCUAUCUCAAAUCUCCAUCUUAUCACGAUAACCUGACCUUUCACCUUUAUUCUACGUCAGAGUUCCCUGCGUUUUCACAUCUAAAUUUUGUUCUUUAUGUUCUACGUCUUGUCAGUGAAGGAUUCUGUUUAUCUGCUUCCUUCGUUGAAUUAUUUAAAAUGGUUUAUUAGGCUUAGUAUAAGAGUCGAUCUUACUUUUGUUGAUUUUUGAAUGGGUUUGUUUGCAUUUUUCUGUUUUUGUGUAUUUAAUUUAUAUUUUUGUUUUAAAAUGUCGUGUGUUUGAGAGCUGAUGUGUACAGUAAGAUCGAAAUAUAUGCCCUUAUUACAAAUGUU